GACAAUGACAUCAUGAACAUGGCAGAAAAAUAGAUAGGAAAUAUAAUCAGUUAAUUCAUUUGAUGCCAGUUGGCGAAAAAUCAGCUUUGUUAUCGACCUAAUUAAAAGAAGCAAAAAAAUGCCUAUCUGAAGAAUGGAUAGAACUUUUCAAAGACAAGACAGUGUUGCAUAUAGUUCCAGUCACUCAAGUUUGGAUGGCAUACCAUUUAAAAUUGGACCAAAUUUUACACAGAAACACAAGGUUAUCAGCCCAAGAGACUUUAAGAAUCUGACCAGAGCACAUGCAGUGGAGGAAGAGUAUGACUUCUCCUUAGAGGAAGGAGUCCUGAAAUGGGCAGAUGAGAGACAAAAACAACUUGCUGCCCAGCAACGAGCAGAGGAAGAACGUCGAGUGAGAGCACAGCAGGAGGCUGAUGAUAAAAGCUCGGACUCGGAUCAGUCAGAGCAUGAGUAUGAAAAUGAUGGGUGGCAAAAUAACAAAGUCAUCUCUCCACCCGCGGCAGUGACACAGGCUCCAACCAGACCUGUGUUACCAGCUAUAUCUAAUGAUAUCUUGACGCCUGUAGAUGUUUCAUGUCAAAAUGACUCUUCCAACCAAACUAAUUCGGAUUCACAGAAACCUGUGGAUUUUUCAUUGUUUGAAACAGAGGAUGAUCCCUUUGAUAGAUUUGAGAGGUUGACUCUGAAUGACUUAACUGAGUUAAAAAGUGUGUUUGACAACAGUGGUAAUGCAAAAGACACAACUGGAGGGUCAAAGAAACAAGAAACUGUGUAUGAAAACACAAAGAUAUUGAACAAUCCUCCCAAUGGUGUUGUGACAUCAAGCUCUUCUGUAAAUUCAGUGACUGACAAAGAAGAUGGAGGGAAUUAUGUUGAAUUGGAUAUAACAAAGAAGCCAGAACGGCCCAACGGAAAUGUCAAGAAUAAAAUUGUUAGAAAACAAAAAACAUACAAGGGUAAAGUCAUACCCCCAGUUCCUCCACGACCAAGCUUGGCUGCCAAAAGCCCCCUUCCACCUAUAGGAAUAGGAGCUAAUGACAGUUCAGCACCCAGUGGCACUGGAAAAUCAACAAAUCCCUUUAAACAAGAUGAGACUGAUGGUUCCCAUGAAAAACCAGUGUGUAAAAGUGAAUUCCAAUCAAACACUUAUGAAAAUGUGAGUGUUAUGAGUGAUCAACAGUCUGUUAGUUUUUCAAAGGCACCAACUUUUGGCAUUGUUAAUGAUACUGAUGGUUCAUUACAAAGUACCAAUCCAUUCCUACCUACAAAUCAACAACCAAAGGAGACAUCAUCUAAAAACUCUAAAGCAUAUGUAAAUGUGGCUCCUGUUAAACCUUUUGGGGUUCCUCAACCCAGACUGACCAGUAGUUUACCAGAUCCAUCAAGUAACCAGAGUCAAGAUUUACCCCUCCCACUCACAAUCUCACCUCCACCAAGACCCUCCUCCAAACAGGAUCCACCAGGAAACAUACAAGCAUCAUGGAACCGCUAUUCCCCCUUACCUCAGCCAGCUCAGCCUGGAUUUAGAACAGGAAGUCCUAGUUCCUUGACAUCAGGAAGUACAACAGACUUGAAGAUGGUUGUAAAUGUUGACCCGUACAAUAAUUUACCACCAGAUUCCAAGAGAAUUGUUGAUAGUGUUGUUGGAAUGGGCUUUUCCAAGGCUGGUGCAGCCCGAGCUGUGGAAAAACUUGGUGCAGAUGAGAAAGAGGUCAUUGAGUACCUUUGUGUUGUUGGGAAAUUUACUGACAAAGGACAUGAAGUUCACAGAGUGGAAGAAGCUCUUUUUCUGUUCAAAAAUAACCAGGAAAAGAUUGAGAGGUUUCUAGCAUUGUUCAAACAGUUCCAAGAGCUGGGAUUCCUUGAUCACAGAAUCAAAGAAGAACUUGUGAAGAAUGAUCUGGACAGUGAUAAGACUUUAGAUUCCCUCACAGCAUGAAUAUCAAAGCAAAAAUUUGUGUACUAGAAAGUCAGGCAUGUUAACAGUGGUCAGAGGCCAUACUUCUGCAAUGAAUGUCAUCAAGGGUUAUUCUUGGGUUACCAACAGGUAUCUGAGUACAGGCAUGUGACACUGAUUGAUGUAAUUAACAAUGCAAAAUUAAAAUGGAAUCAGAUUUUAUAUAUUAUAUUACUGUACUGGGAAACCAUUCAUGUGGGAUUAAUUUUUGUUCUUUUCAUGGUAUGAUUAGAGACCAACAAAUUUAUAUCCUUCACAAAAUUUUAAAAUUUCAAACUACUGUAUCAUGUUUACCUCUUCAACAUCUACCUUUUUUCUCAAACCAUAAAAACUUAACCUCAUGAAAGUAAGUGAUUUUACAGUAUCACAAGCUGACAUAUCUUUCUUGCUUUUUUAAUAUGGAUAUGGAGUGCACUGAUUUCAAUUAUUGUUAUUAUUUGAAUUCAUACAUGUGUAAAAUGUGCAUGCAUGCUCAUUGGUACCUCUUUCUUGAUCAUGGAAGUCAAAAAGUGACAUUAAUGUGAAAUCGUCAUUAUUUGUGGGGGACCAGUGUUCAUUGAUUUCAUGGGUCACUCUAACCAUGAAUUUACGUCCCCACCAGCAGUAACAUGUUAUCCACUAAGUAACAUCCCCACGAACCAGUAAAAUUUUCGUUGCAAAUGAACAUUCCCCCCACAAAUAAAAAUGACUCCAAAGUAGGGUCACAUAGUCAAAUGUGUGUCCUCUAUUGCUUAAGAAAGGCUUUGAGUUUGGUUGUUGAUACUGCACCAUGGGUUGGUCUCUGAAAGAACUUCACGUGGAUUCAUUUGAGGGAUCACUGGGUCAAAAGAGAAUGGCUUCUUUUGCAAAAAGUAGAAUUUUGGUUCUGGUGCAGUUACAAGAAUGGAUUAGGUUAGGAUAUUCAAACAUGCACCAUGGGCUGGUCUGAUGAAGAAUUCAGCUAGGAUUGCUUUUGGGGUCAAGGUUUCCAAAGGUGCAGGUUUUGCUUCUAAUUUUUUUUUUUUUUAAAGAAAGCAUUGGAUUUUGUUAAAUAUAUAGCCAAAAUAUGAACUGAGAAACAGUUUUUUUGCAUGGUCAAAGUCACUGGGAGAGAAGGAUGAAAUUUUUAAUUGUUGUUACAUAGAAGCCUGUGACAUAAAGUGUUAUAUGUAUUCUUAAAAUUUGUUGGAAAAAUUGUUGUAGUACACUCAGGUGACAAUGAAGGCCUAUAGGCUGUUUCGAUUGUUUGUAUUAUACAGAGACUUGUCAAAGUGAAGGAACAGUAUUUUACUUAUAAAAACUUGAAAGGUGAAUGGCAUAGAAUCCUCUAUUUUAUGAUACCCAAGCCAAUAAAUGGCUGGGGCAUAUACUAAGACUUUCAAAAUUUCUUUUAAUUUAUUGUUUUCCUGUGUGUUUUUUUUCCCUGUGCUUUAAGAUAAUGAGCUAAUUUUUGGUAUUUCUCUUGAUAUUAACGAGUUUUAUAUUGAUUGAUCCAUUUUUAUGAAAGUUAUGGCCCUUGGACUUUGAAAAUUUCUUAUAAUUCACAGUAUUGCAUACCUUUUUUUUAUAUAUAUUUUUGCUGUGUUUGUAGAUAAUGAGAAUAUCUUUGGUUUGUCUCUUUAUAUUGCUGACUUAUAGAUCAAAUAUAAAAUACUGAUUGACCUUUUUUUUUUGUGAAAGUCCUUUGAACUUUGAAAAUAUCUAGUUACUCACUGUUUGGGGACUUUUCAUUGCUCUGCUUAUUAGUGAUCACCAUUUCACACAGCUUAUGUUGUGGUUAGAGAACUGGUUCCAGAAAACAAAAGCAGUAGUAUGAUAUUUUAUUUUUGUGCCAUUUCCACCCAUUGUUAUUUUCACACACUUGGACUUUUCACAUACUUAAAAUUUGUAUGUCAGUGGGGGUAUUCAUUUCACCCUGACAUAUCUAGUUCGCUGUGUAUCAUUUCAGUAUUGUGAAGUGUUUUCAGAUAUAAUGUUGUGUUUCUUGAUUUUAGUCGAUCUAAAAAUUAAUACAACAUGAGGGAAAAUUCUCUAAUCACCUUCAUAAGAAAUGGAUGCAUACGAAUCUUUAGCAACUCCUUGUCACAGUUUGGCUGCCUUAAAUGUGUUCACUGUGUAAUCAUUAAAAAUGAUUUGAGCCACUUGGUUAUAAAACAUUGCUUAAUAAUAACACAGAUAAAAUGAAUAUGUUUGUUAUGAUUUCAUGAUUUUCAAUUGCUAAGCACUACUCAUUCACACAAUUUGCAUGUAUAGCAAGAUGCCAUGUUGAUACGGGGUGAUUUUUUUUUAUACAGUUCCAGAGAUAAUGUUACAAGUACUUUUAUCUAUAUGUGUUACAUAAACACUAUAGUUAAACAAAUUCUUUUAAUCUAAGAUAUAUAUACAAAGAAAACUUAUUUUGGCGUCAUAUACAAUUUUAUAUGAUUUGCUCAGCAUUUUUGUCUCAGUUUACAAAUAUAAUACGACAUGUAGCAUACUUGAUUCUGAUCGAAUCCCAGAACACACAGUUUCAGCCUGGCUUGUCCAUUAGCAUAAAGUAACUCAGCAAAUAUGUAAAAGUUUUAUGCAAUCAAAAUUGUUGAAAAAUGAUUGCAAGUUUAAAAGUUAUACAAAAAGAUUUUUCCAAAUAAACUACAUUAGUUCCAUUACUUUUGUUUUGCAUAAACAUCAGGAUCGUCAAAAAAGUAAAGUCAUUUCUUUAUUAUGUCUCCAAUAUUUUGUUUUCAAGUUAUCUUGAACACAGUUUUUCUGAAUUGGUUACAUGCAUGCUCAAAAUUUUCCAGCUCGAUACAGAUGGUUGGAGCACAAUUCUCUGCUGGUCUCAACUCAGGUCAACCCAGGCAUGCCUGAUUGUCAGAAUCAAGUAUGCUAAUAUAUUUGUUAGCCUCUGGAAGUGGUAGUAUUUAGUGAAACAUAUUUGAAAAUCCUAAAACUAUUUGGAGAGAAUAUUUCAUUUUAAGCACAAAUAGAACAAUUGAAUUUCAAUUUGUCUUUAAACCAGAAAUAGGAAAAACUUAAUGUGUGUUUGUGUUUUAAUCAUGUUAAUGGUACCUAAGGAACUACUGCUAUAUUAGAUAAAUGUAAUUGCAUGUAUGAUGUUCCCUUGACAACUUAUGAUAUGUGUGAAACUGUUAUUGUACUUUAUCCAAAGCUCUGUGAUAAACUUGUUUUUUCCUCUGUAGUCAAAAGGGACAGGAUACAUGUAUCUUACUACAUGUACAGUGAAACUUUUUUUAAAAAAAUUCCUGAAUGUGUUUGUGUUCUAACAUAUCAUUGUGUAUAUGUAGUACAUGUAUUUGACAUUGUUCUUUGCUCUGUUUAAAUGUAAGAAAGUUUUGUUCCUGGUGAUAUGUUUGUGCAUUGAAGCUAUUGUGUUCCAGAAUUUUUAAUUUUCUUGCAAAAUUUGAUGCCUCCUUGCCUUAGCUGUUGUUCAAGAGCAAGGGUUCACAGUCAGCCUUAUUAAGCCCUAGCUGUCCAAUUCUGAAAAAAAUGAAGACAGGUACAUUUUCUGAAUAAAAUCUAAAAUGACGAAAGGCCCCAUGAGAACUACAUAACUACCCCAGUAAUAAUAGCAAUAUAAUCUUCAAGUUUUCAUCUACAUUCUAACAUAAAUUGCAUCAUUGUUCCCAUUUCAUUAAAAUUUUAUCAAAAAAGGUCAGUUUUUAAAACUCUAAAAUUUUAAUAAAAGCACAAUCUCUUUGCAGCAAAAUUUACUACAAAGUUCAAGUAGAUUGCUAUUUUAUAAGCCCAAAUGACAGGGCCAUUUUGCAAACCUAGCUCUUUGUUGUUAAUUUUGUGAUUAUUUAAUGAUUGUUAUAUACUGGUAUGUAUACCUCAGCAUACAAAAAAGAAAUCCCAUGGAAAGUUAAAACCUUGAUUUCCAUUCUAAGAAAAUUGUCAAACUUCUUUGAGGCUUUUGUGUCUUGUAUUUUGUACAUAUUAUUAUAAUCUAUAAAUAUAUUUCCUUUAGCUGGUUACAAAUAAAAGUUUUCUGUUGCAAA